GUACAGGAGGAAGAAGGGGUUACUCACUGCCUUGCUGCAGUGCUUACGAAACUCUUUGCCAGCUUCCGCACUCUUUCGGCGCACACAAGAGCACGCGUUUGCCCGCCUGCACGGCGCGGCGCUGUGCUGCAGGCGGGGUUUACAAUCAAUGCAACUUCUCUUGCGGCUGGAGGCAGCAGUUGGGAGCUGAACCAUUAAAGUACCACACGAGGAGAGAAAGCAAGUUAAGGUUGUCAGAAUAUUAAUCUGGCCAGUUACCCAUAUUAUGUCCGCACUUCGAAGAAAAUUUGGUGACGAUUACCAGGUAGUGACCACCUUGUCCAGUAGUUCUGGGUUCAACCAGCCACCCAAGAAAAAGAGGCAAAGGUUUGUGGACAAGAACGGGCGUUGCAACGUACAGCAUGGGAACCUGAGUGGCGAAACGAGCCGUUAUCUUUCGGAUUUAUUUACUACAUUAGUUGAUUUGAAAUGGCGCUGGAAUUUGUUUAUUUUUAUUCUCACAUACACUGUGGCUUGGCUUUUUAUGGCGUCGAUGUGGUGGCUAAUCGCUUAUAUCCGCGGCGAUCUCAAUAAAGCUCACGAUGACAACUACACCCCUUGUGUUGCCAACGUCUACAACUUUCCUUCUGCCUUCUUAUUCUUUAUUGAGACGGAGGCCACCAUCGGGUACGGAUACAGGUACAUCACUGACAAGUGUCCAGAAGGCAUCAUUCUCUUUCUCCUACAGUCCAUUCUGGGCUCCAUCGUGGAUGCAUUCUUAAUCGGCUGCAUGUUUAUCAAAAUGUCUCAGCCCAAGAAGCGAGCAGAGACGCUAAUGUUCAGUGAACAUGCGGUAAUUUCCAUGAGAGAUGGCAAACUGACUCUGAUGUUUAGAGUAGGAAACCUCCGCAAUAGCCAUAUGGUGUCCGCACAGAUACGCUGCAAAUUGCUCAAAUCUCGGCAGACGCCCGAGGGUGAAUUCUUGCCCCUCGAUCAACUAGAACUGGACGUGGGAUUUAGCACAGGGGCAGAUCAGCUUUUCCUCGUCUCCCCACUCACUAUCUGCCAUGUGAUUGAUUCCAAGAGCCCUUUCUACGACCUCUCUCAGCGAUCAAUGCAAACGGAACAAUUCGAGAUAGUUGUUAUCCUUGAGGGAAUCGUCGAAACAACUGGCAUGACAUGCCAAGCUAGAACAUCAUAUACAGAGGAUGAAGUUCUUUGGGGUAACCGAUUUUUCCCAGUUAUUUCUCUAGAAGAAGGAUUCUUUAAAGUAGACUACUCACAAUUUCAUGCAACAUUUGAAAUUCCCACACCACCAUAUAGUGUAAAAGAACAAGAGGAAAUGCUAUUUAUGUCCUCUCCUGUGAUGGCCCCAGCUAUUAACAACAGCAGAGGCACUUUACCAGAAAGAAAUGAUUCUGUGGACUGCUUCGAUAGUAUGGAUGAUCUAUGUACCAGGAUACCACUGAAACUACAGAAGAUCACAGGGAGAGAAGACCUACCAAAAAAAUUACUAAGAAUGAGUUCUACCACCUCAGAAAAAGCAUACAGCAUGAGCGAUCUGCCAAUGAAGCUCCAACGAAUCAGCUCGGUUCCUGGGAAUUCUGAGGAAAAACUGGUGCCAAAGACCAGUAAGGUGACCUGUGACCCAAUAAGCCAGCCUGUGACUGACCUGCCACCAAAGCUACAGAGAUUAGCUGGUGGUUCAAGGAUAGAUGGAAACCUUCCACCCAAACUGAGGAAAAUGAAUUCUGAACGUUUUACGUAACUUCAGGAAUCUUUUGAUGGACUCUAAAAUCUAAUUUUUGAUCAAAGACAAUACUGUAAUUUUCAAAGUUUAAUGGGACAAGUAUAACUGCAUUUAUUUACAAAACAGGGCAAAGUAUCAUUAGCACUACAUGUAUUAUGAGAUGUUCAUUUAACAGCUGGAGUGAAAUGUAUGUUUAUUGCUUUGAUACAAGACCUCAGCCAUUUUAAACUCAUUGUAAUAUUAGCAUCAACUAGCAUGUAGUAUCACAAAUAGCAUGCAAUAAUAAUGUGCAACUUUUGCAUAUAGUUUUAUGGCAUGAUUCAUAAUAAAUUUAUAUUUAUUCAGUAGUAGCAAAAUGUAUAAAAAUGAGGCAUUGCAAUGUCUCAAAAUAUAUUACAGAAUAGGAUCUUAAAGUUCAGCAAGGUGUAUUUCUAAGUGAGAGUGGAUAUCUUUUGAAGAUUGAUUUCAUGCUUUAAAUUCAGAUUAUCUUAAAUACAUAUAUCAAAUUGUAAUAUGUUCUCUUUAAACUAGUCCUUUGAAUGCAUGUUUUGCUUACAACAUUAGAGAAGGCUACAGGCAAUACAGAGCGUUAGAAGGCUCUUGACAAAGUUUCAGCCUUAAAUAAUCUGGUAUCUUCCUGUUUUGUGUUUUAUUAGCCUCACUUUUUUUUUGCUUUGUUUUGAAAUAUUGCUUUUUUGGAGUGUAUGUAAACAAAGGUGGUGGUGCUGGCAGAAGUGAGAAAGAAGGAAAUGGAAAUGUUAAAUUAUGGUAACAAGACUGCACAGCAGGUCUGUGUUUCAUCAUCUCAAAUGACACUAUUUUACUUCAGCCUGCGUCAUACUCUGAAAUGUAUAAAGUCAAAUAUGUUACCAAACUAGGAGCAUCUUCAGGCAUGCUGACUUUGUGUAUAAACAUAAGUUUAUUCGAACUACUAAGGGAAUAUAGGAUACUUGUAUUUAUUCCUAUUGCAGCCUCAGUUUUUAGCUGAAAACUAUAUUAAACUUUUCAACUGUUUAUGCUGUUUCAUUUCAAAGACUACAGUGUUUUUUGUUAACAAUCUGAUGAUAGUUUUUGCACCAGACCUUUGUUAAAAUAUGUUUUAAAAUCUUUAGCAGCUAUUAAACCUAAUUUCAACAAUACUAAUGUAUAUGAAUGCUGUCGUCCAAGCAUUGUCUUAUUAUUUUUAUCCAGAAAAGGAAAGACUCUUGCUAUAAGA